CCAGACCUCCUUAUCGCGGAAAACGAGGUUCCGUCGUCGCGUGACGUAGUUCUUAUCGGUUUCGCUUGCUAGGUUUUUCUCUUUUGUAGUGAUAAAAGAAGAGGUUUGGUGCCCAUGUGGAUGCGGCAGACAAUGGCCAUUAUAAAUCCUACACAGCACUGAGACUCGCUAUCGAACAAUGUGCUCGUGUAUUGGUGUUUGCCUAUAGGGAAAAAGGAGUUAAUUAAUUUAUUUUAUUGGCAAUAACAUGAUUUAGAAAUUAGCACAUUCCGGCUCGACUCUCAGUGGUGCCCUCCGCUCUCCGGCCGCUUAUAUCUAUCUAUCUGUAUCUGUAUCUGUAUCCGAUAGCUAUCUAAGUGCUCCGUUCGCUGGGAGCAGCAGCAAAAGUCACACAUUUGGCUAAUGUAUAAAACGCUGGCGCGCUUACAGUUGUUCCCAUUAAACUUGCAACAGUUCAGCGCUCAAGUCAAGGCGAUCCCAGUCCCAAUCCGCAAUUUAGAUCCACUAGAUACAGAUAGAAAUCCAAAACCCUUGACAAAUAUCACGUAUACGCCGCGAUGGUGCAGACCGAGGAGAUAGAAGCGUUGAAGCGCCAGAGCGAGGACGGGGAGGCCAAGGAGCGAGAGGAGAAGUAUAGGCAGGACAAGGAGCAGGACACCACUGAGACGGCGGCCAUCAUCGAGGAGAUUAUCGAAGGCAUCUCGCUGCAGAAUCGUCGCGGCACCAUAGUCCGUACUAUUUCCGCAAUAAUCAGCCACCGGGAGCAGGAGCAGCGGAAUGCCGAGGACGUGCUCUUUGAUAUGUUCGCCAGCGAGGAGACGGGCCUCAUCUCGAUGGGCAAGUUCCUCGCCGGGCUGAAGACCACUGGCAUCCGGCGGAACGAUCCGCGAGUUCGCGAGCUAAUGGAUAACCUGAAGAAAGUUCACAAGUUGAAUAACUACGAGACGGGCUCAUCGGCGGAGACGCAGCAUCUCAAUCGGGAGACCUUUAAGGCCGUUGUGGCCCCCAACAUUGUCCUGAUUGCCAAGGCCUUCCGCCAGCAAUUCGUCAUUCCCGACUUCACCAGCUUCGUCAAGGACAUCGAGGAGAUCUAUAACCGCUGCAAGAGCAACACCUUAGGCAAGCUGGCCGACUAUAUUCCCCAGCUGGCUCGCUAUAGUCCCGACUUCUGGGGCGUGAGCAUCUGCACCGUCGACGGACAGCGUUACUCCAUAGGCGAUGUGGAUGAGCCCUUUACCCUUCAGAGUUGCAGCAAGCCGCUGACCUAUGCGAUCGCCUUGGAGAAGCUCGGCCCGAAGGUGGUGCACUCGUACGUCGGCCAGGAGCCCAGUGGCAGGAACUUCAAUGAGCUGGUCUUGGAUCAGAACAAGAAACCGCACAAUCCCAUGAUCAAUGCCGGUGCCAUUCUCACCUGCUCUCUGAUGAGCGCUCUAGUCAAGCCUGACAUGACCUCCGCCGAGAUCUUUGACUACACCAUGUCCUGGUUUAAAAGACUAUCCGGAGGAGAGUAUAUCGGAUUCAACAACGCCGUAUUUCUCUCGGAACGCGAGGCUGCGGAUAGAAACUAUGCCCUGGGCUUCUACAUGCGGGAGAACAAGUGUUUCCCCAAGCGCACGAACCUCAAGGAAGUGAUGGACUACUACUUUCAGUGCUGCUCCAUGGAGACCAACUGCGAGGCAAUGUCCGUGAUUGCCGCCAGCUUGGCUAACGGUGGCAUUUGUCCCACCACAGAGGAGAAGGUGUUCCGUCCGGAGUGCGUCCGGGAUGUGCUCUCCAUCAUGCACUCCUGCGGCACCUACGACUACUCCGGUCAGUUCGCCUUCAAGGUGGGUCUGCCGGCCAAGUCGGGAGUGAGUGGUGGCAUGAUGCUGGUCAUACCCAAUGUGAUGGGCAUCUUUGCCUGGUCGCCGCCCCUGGAUCAUCUGGGCAACACGGUGCGAGGCCUGCAGUUCUGUGAGGAGUUGGUCAACACAUUCAACUUUCAUCGCUACGACAACCUGAAACACCUGUCCAACAAGAAGGAUCCGCGCAAGCACCGCUACGAGACCAAGGGUCUGUCCAUAGUAAAUCUGCUCUUUUCCGCGGCCAGCGGGGAUGUGACGGCUUUGCGGCGCCAUCGCCUCUCCGGAAUGGAUAUCACCCUGGCGGAUUACGAUGGCCGUACGGCCCUGCAUCUGGCCGCUUCCGAGGGCCACCUAGAGUGCGUCAAGUUCCUGCUGGAGCAGUGCCAUGUUCCCCACAAUCCCAAGGACCGUUGGGGCAACUUGCCGGUGGACGAGGCAGAGAACUUUGGCCACAGACACGUGGUGGAGUAUCUGACCAACUGGGCGGCCAAGGCGGAUCAACCGGACGAGUGCAAGAAUGAGGCGGUCACCUCCAAGACGCAAGCGGAUGAGGAAAUUGUUAGCACCAGCGACCUGGAGACCAGUCCGGCCACCAGUCCCGCUGCCACACCCGUGGAGUCGGGCUCCAGGGCUGGAUCCGGGAGGUCUAGUCCGGCGCCAUCGGAGGCGGGCAGCACGGCGAGCGCCGGGAGUGGCAGCAGCGUCGACGACAAGACCAAGCCAGGCCUCUAAGCGGCUGAAGUUUCAGAGUUCCGGAUGCGCAGGAUCCCCCGUUGAAUCUCUCCGACUAAAUUAUUCGCACAACACUUUAGUUUACACCUAUGACGUCUUAUUAGAUUAAAUGUAUAAUUAUAUAAUAUAAAUUUAUAAUUUGUA